CAGACGGCCCAAGAGCUUCUUCCACUCCAUAAUCAAACUUGUCUGACUUGAAAAUUGAAUAACUUGAUUGGGUGAUAAUUUGAAGGUACAACUCCGCCCUAUCCUUCGUCGUUUUGAUUCUGCUCAUACCCUAAUCCAGAUUUUUCUCCACAAGUCACCAUCAUAUUCGAUCACCAGAUGGCGGCUGAGCCCCUAACAAGUGAGGCAAUAGCUCUAACAGAGAAGAAAAUGGAUAUGUCAUUAGAUGACAUCAUCAAAAUGUCCAAGACUCGUGCUGCGAAGCCGAACAAACAAAGAGUUUCUAAUAAGGGUCAGAAAUCGUUCAACAAUGCUUCCCAAGAUAAAGGUUUUAAAGUUAAAAGGUUCAUGGAAACUAGAACUUCCCUCAGACAGGGUGCCCUUGCUCAGAGGAGGUCAAACUUUCAGGGAAAUCAGUUCCCUUUGGCAUCUGAAGCUGCUAAAAAGGCUGCUGUUGCUCCAAUUCGAAGCAGAGCUUCAAAUUGGAGCAGACCAUUCAAUGUUAAUAAAUCAAGGGCGGGGGGCUCGACUUUCCUGAAGAAUUUUGCAACUGGAUCUGGUUUCAUUGUGAAGAAAGCACUACAAAAACCAGCGCAGCAAGCCUCUCUGAGCCCUAAACAGAAGCCUCAAACCUUGGACUCGCUAUUUGCUAACAUGAAAGAAGAAAGAAUGAGGGUGUUGUCUCGACAGAGUAACGACUCAAGAAGAAAGGGAUGGAGCCAGCUCGGAGUGCCAUGGGCGAGAGGAUAUUAUAACCAACACUAGUAGCUCCUCCUCCAGCUUAGAUUGCUUUAGAGACGUGUAGUUGGUUAGCCUGUUGUCGUCCUGUGAAGCUAAGGCUUUUACUCGUUGACUGGAAUUAGUACAAGAAAACCGAGUGCUCGCUCUUAUCCAAAUUUUCCCGCCCAGAAAUAUCUUAUCUAGCAAUUUUUGUACAAAAAAUUAAAUUUUCGGUGUAAUGUUCCUCUGCUCUAGAAAUCAAUUCAGGGGGUGUAUGCAAUUUUUACAUGCAAAUUUAACUUUUUUGAGAUUUGCAGGUAUUAGACGAUCCAA